UCCUCUUCCUAUUUAAAAACCCACAAAGAUUUCGAAGCUCCAACUAGAAAAGUUGUUUAUUUUAGAGAACGACGAAGACGACAGACAAAUUAAACCAGAGGCGAAUAAACCCUAAUCGGACUUAAAGUGGUUGAAUAUUUACAAAAAACUGUACAUAUAUCCACACGAAACCACGGAUAGAUCAUAAAUCUCAGGAUAAAAAGCUACGUGUAAUUGAUAUGUCAAAUAUUGCAGAGGCACAGAAGAAGACGACAUGGAGUACCUGGGAGGAACUCCUACUCGCUUUCUCCGUAAAGCGCCAUGGGAUCAAGGACUGGGAUGCUGUGGCGCUGGAGCUCCGGAGCCGGAGUUCCUUGCCCGCCCUCCUCACAGCUCAAAUUUGCAGAGAGAAAUAUCGCGACCUCCAACGCCGCUUUACGAACGGCCACGCGGCGGUCGAUAUUGACGACGGCGGCGACGUCGUUAUUCCUUGGCUGGACGACUUGAGAGAGCUCCGCGUCGCCGAGCUCAGGCAAGAGGUCCAUCGCCACGAUCUCUCGAUCCAGUCUUUGCAGUCGAAGGUGAAGCGGAUGCUGGAGGAGAGAGAGCGGAGCAUGAAGGAUGGGCAAGAGAUUGCCAUUGAACCAGAUCUAGCAGGGAGCAGGAAGAAGAAUAUAGCCGACGACGGAGACAAGUCCGAUGAAAUAGGAGAGGUCGUCUCCGGCGGGAAUUCUGACCAUGAAAACCGAUCGGUUAACGAGUCGAAUUCCGCUGAGAAUACCGAAGCAGAGGACAAGUGUAAACCCGAUCCGGUCCACGCGAAACCGGAUUCGCAGGAAAAGCCGACCGGGGAAGACUCGUGCAUAGAUAGUUUGAACCGGCACGAGACUUCCAAGACCGGUCAGAAAAGUAACGGUGACGACGUGUCCAAUGACGUGACAAAAGAGGGAGGUGACGUGGAAAGCUCCGCCAGCUUGACGAAAAAGCGCCGGAAGCGAGGCGGCGGUGAGCAGGCGGUGGCGCCGUCUCCCGCCAUCGUCAUGAAACGGGCCAGCGCGAAUAAAUCAGAGCCGUUGGUUGCCCUUUUAGAUGUUAUCCGGUCGCACAAGUAUGGCAGGGUGUUCAAGCGACGGCUCCAGAUUCAGGUAAUAAUCACCUGCUUCGCAAUACAUAUUAGGAAAUGAUUGAAGGUGAUUUCGAUGUUGGGGACCCACUUUUAAGAUCCAAAAUGAGCCCUCCACCUAAUUGCAACUCUUCCAGUCAUGUUAUACAGAUAAAUAGUUCGGGAAACGGUUCAUACUCAAAGUUGUUAAGUUGAAAUGAAAUUUAUUGAAUAAACUAAAAAUGCGUUAUUACAAAA